CAAUAUUUUCUGCUCUGAAGAAUCUCCAGGAAAAGAUGAAUCUGCUGGAGUUGGAACGGCUUCAGGCGGAGGAGAAUGUAAAACACCUCAGCAGGGAAACAGCAGAUUAUAAAAAAGUACUAAGUGAACAAAUGCAACACAAAGAGCAUGACAAGACUGAAGUGUCAAAGAAAAAUCAAGAACUGGCUUCUCAGCUGGCAGCUGCUGAGUCUCGGUGCAGGCUUUUAGAGAAACAACUGGACUACAUGAGAAAAAUGAUCCAGCAGGCAGAAAAUGAGAAGUCCCAUCUCUUGGAGAAACAGGGUUCGUUGGAGAGAGAUCGACUUCUUGAUCAAUCACAUGUUCAGUCUAAAUUGGAAAAGCUGGAUAUGCUGGAAAAAGAGUACAGCAGGCUUACGACAAUGCAGUCCAUAGCAGAGAAAAAAAUGAAAGACCUGGAACAGAAGCUUCAGGAGGAAGAACAUGCAAGGAAGCUUGUUCAGGAAAAAGCAGCUGAGCUUCAGACAGGCCUGGAAACCAACAGACUGCUGAUUCAAGCAGCAUCACCAUUGCUUUCUCCAAAAGCAAGAAAACCCAGGAAGAAAACUAAACAGCCAGAUAAGAAACGCUCUCUCACAAACCAGCUCACUACGCAGCCCCAUUACAGACUGUCUCUGGGUGAUGUACCCUUUGUAGCUGGGAAGUCUACCAGUCCCAGUCAUUCAGUUGGUGCCAAUGUACAACAUGUCCUACACCUGAUGAAACAACACACAAAAGCUUUGUGUAACAGUCGUGUGGUUAGUGAUACUCCACUAGCAAAACCCGUCAGCACUGGUCAUCCUGCCAGCAAAAGCAGAAAGUCAUCUCUGCCAAAGGAAUCUUCUUCAUCGCAGGAAGAGCUCUCAGAAGUGCUGCUGACCUUACAAGAUGAAUUUGGGCAGAUGAGUUUUGAUCACCAGCAGCUGUCAAAGCUUGUCCAGGAAGCCCCAACCAUUGCAGUGAGGGAAGAUCUGGAGCGGGAACUUGAGGCACUGGUUAGAAAGAUGGAAGCAAAGGCAGACCAGAUCAGCAAAGUCCGAAGGCACCGGUUGCAG